UUGUGCAGGAGCACGAAAUUUCACCCUGGCUGAAAAUAUGUAAAUAUUGGUGGUUUAAAAAAAAAAUCCUACAGGAGUAAGAAUGCCCCUGUGUGAGGAUAUUUCCUUAUCCGGGAAUCGCAGGGAACCUCGCCAUUGGCCGCCGGUGUCACAUGGAUUCCUAACUUUGUUCACUUGACAGUCUGUAGGAGGGUUUUACGAAACAGGAAAACGAGUAGGGGGGGAUAGGAAUAAAUUUUAGUAUAUUUUUUUUGUGUGUGUGUGUGUGUGCAAAUCAAAGAAAUUAAUGGCCAUGAGUUCGUUUUUGAUCAACUCCAACUAUGUGGAUCCCAAGUUCCCACCCUGCGAAGAAUAUUCUCAGAAUGAUUACCUUCCCAAUCACUCUCCGGGAUAUUACAGCAGCCAGAGGCGAGAGACCACUUUCCAACAUGAGGCGAUGUACCAGCCACGGUCAGCCUGCAACGAGCCGCCCUACCCAGUUUGUCAGGGCUCCGGCCACCAGCCAGCGGUGCUCUCCCCCAGGGAUCAUGUUCAUCCUUCUGCCGGACUUCAGAGCCACCUCUCCGAGCCAAAUCACCACUGUGAGUCGGUCACCCCCAGCCCUCCUCCGCCCUCCUGUAGCCAAAACUCUAUGAACCAAAGCCCAUCUAAUUCUUCUUGCAAAGAGCCAGUAGUUUAUCCCUGGAUGAAAAAAGUCCAUGUAAGCACGGUAAACCCCAGUUGCACAGGAGGGGAACCGAAGCGCUCCCGGACAGCGUAUACCAGGCAGCAAGUCCUGGAACUGGAGAAAGAAUUCCACUAUAAUCGCUAUCUCACGCGGAGGCGCAGAGUAGAAAUUGCCCAUUCUCUUUGCCUGUCCGAGCGCCAGAUCAAAAUAUGGUUCCAGAACAGGAGGAUGAAAUGGAAAAAAGAUAAUAAAUUACCAAAUACCAAGAUCAGGUCUAAUUCUUCCAACGCUUCUGCAAGCCUGCAGAUACAAGGAGGUUCUCAGAACCGAGCCAAUGUACCAGCCACCGGCCUAUAAUUGUUUCGUGUGUGUGUGUGUGUGUGUAUGUGUGUGUGUGUGUGUGUGUAGGAGACACAUGAUAAUUUUUUUAUGUUCCCAGGGGCGUAACGGGGGCAUACUCUUUAUUUAUAAAGGAGGGAAACUCAGCUACAAAACAAACAAACAAACAACAGAGAUGUGCUUUUGUGCUCUCUCCCAUUAAAAGAAGGCUGUAGAUAGUAGUUUUCAAAUUUGGCUAAGAUGAAUCCUUGUUUCAUCUUUAAUCACGCCAAACUCUGCCCCAUUUGUCAUGUUUACUCUCCCGUACAAAGGAUGGACCUUAUGCUUGCGAUUACCUCGACAACCAGUGUUCACUUUAAUAAAUGAGGCACAGUUUCUUCGAGAGAAACUGAAUUUUCUUUUCUUUUCUUUUGCUUCCUACCAGCCACAAAGCGAAAGUUUCUAUUCAGAUCCCCAAGGGCACAGCAGUUCUGGCAACUGUAACACAGCCCUAUAGACCAAAAACAAACAAACAACAACGACCCCUACUCCAUGCGGUAUGAGGACCGGGGGGCCAGAAUAGAUGUUGAGUAUUGUAAUGAUCAGGGUCAUACAGAUGGAGAAAGAAGAGACUGGCACAAUUUAAAACAAACCGAGUGAAAUCUGGGGUGGGGGGUUGGGAAGGAGACCAACAUAAUGAAGACUUCUGUAAGAAACCCCCUGCCAUUUUUGAGUCCAGCAGGUUAAUUACCUCACUUGAAAAUCUGGAGGGGGGGGCGCAACGUAUUUAGUUUAGAAACUUGAUGAUCAAAUAAUGCCACCUGAAUUUAAACCUUCGUCAAAGGCGGUGUGGGGAGGGAGGGUUCUUUGCUUCUCCACUAAGAUUCAGUCCAUUUUUGUACUGAGCAUAUGAAUAAAAAAUGGAAGGUGGGGAUCCCCUUCUUUCUUGAUGGAAAAGGGGUUAUGAACUUCGUACAGAUUUUUUUUCCUUUCCAUGUUCUAUAGUACUUGACAUUCCGAGCUGAUGUGAUUUCAAAGAACUUUUGGGAUCUUGGGUCCCCCUUCCAGUUGUUCAUUUGAAUUACCUCCUAUUGUUCUUUGUGAUAUUCAUGAUAACUUGUACAUAGCCGAAUUAAAGCGACUAGAAAUAAAAGUUUCGUUGUGACUAUAAA